CCCUGUGAUUGGAUGAGACGCGUGUUAGCCAUGCACAUUCAGGAGCAAGUUCCCAAGUUGGAUGAGAACACUCAGAAGUGUGUGAGCCUUGUUCUGUGAUAGACUGUGGAGUGAAACGACAGUCACGGAGACAGUACAAGCCUUUCUUGGGAGAUGUCUGGCGGAAACAGUGCCAGCAACAACUGGACCAUUGUCACUCCUGAGGAGACUGUUGCUGAAACCCUGAGGCCUUUGGCAGAGGGAACAGAGCACCAUGAAGAAGCAUCUGCAGCAGACUCUGGAGCAAACCAGCCUGGAGGGAGUAAAGCAUCUGCAGUGGCGUCUCCUGUGGAGGAACACAUGGUUUUGGAAGACAAAGCAGAACUAAUUGGACACACAAGCACGGAGCAACACACCUCCACACCACCUGCCCUCAGUGAUUCUUGCAGCUUUGUUCCAGGCAGUGAUGCAUCCAACCACCCAGGGGAUCUACCUGGGAGCCUGGCACAGACCAGCCCUGACCCUGAUUCAUUCUCUGACUCCUACACCCACAUAAGCCCCUCCCCUGAUGACACCCCCGCCUCACUGCUGUGCACAGAGACUCUGGGAGGGGAGCAGUCUACACAUGAAGAAGAGAGGCUUGUACAGGGAGAAAUUCUGCAUCCACUCCAAGGAGAAGAGCUACAACAGGAAGAGGAUCAGUCAGACCUUUCGCCAAGUAUGACCAAGUUAGAGAGACAAGCAGACUCUCCCCCUGUGGACUCUGAGGUGUGUGAGGAGAGGACUACAAGGACAGAAGAACAGGGAGACCCGGAGGUGAGGAGGAGGAGGUCUAUCUUGGCAGCUCUGGAGCGGAUCGGGAGGACAGAGGAGGAAGAGGACAGGGAGGAAGAAGACAGAGAGGAGGAGUUUCAGGUGCCACAGCGAGGGGACGACAGCGGGUUCACCGUGAACAAGUGCAUCCUCGGUGUUGUCAUUCUGUUAGGCCUUGGUACCAUCUUUUUCUCCGGUGUCUUCAUGGACCUGGAUGCGGAGAGUGACUAUGGUACAAGGGAGCUGAAAGAUUCAGAGGUUCCAGGAAAACAGGAGUGGCUUAAUCCAGAGGUUCCUCCACCACCGGCAGACGCUGACAGUACGGAGCUCCUAAAUAAGUUAGCGGAGGGAAACCAGCAGAUUUCUGUGCUACAAGCACAACUUCAGACACAGAAAGAAGAGAUUAAAGUAGCCACAGAACAGGCAGCAGAGGGAGCAGUGGAGCGGCUGCUAAGGGAGGAGAUUGAGAAGGAAAACAGUAGGUUGAAGACAGAGAUGGCAUCUCUCCCUCUUCUUCAGAAAGAGAAUGAGAGGCUGAAGCAAGAGCUGGAGUCUGUCCCGGCCCUACAGAAAGAACUAGAAACACUGAGAUCGACUGUCACUGAAUUAAAACGCUCCUCAGCAGCAGCACCUUUGAAGCCCACUAUAUCGCCCCCCAGUGGCCAGCCAGAGGACAGCGGGCAGGACACAACAGCGAGAGAGGCCAGGAAACCAUGGAAAGAGCAGAAAGAGAAGAAGACUGAUUGGAAGAAGGAGAAAUAUGACACUGGUGAAAAGAAGGAGUGGAAAGAGAAAGAAAAGUCUCACUGGAAGGAAGAAGAAAAAAAAGAACGCAAAGAUGGUGGGAAAAUGGGAAAACAUGAGCAAGGGAAGUCUGAUAAGGUGAAAGAUUACGAAGGUAAGCAGAAGAGGCACAGUGAAGAUAUAAAGCAACUGAAAAAGAAUGAGGAGAAGAAAGAAAAACUGAGCAGAGGUGAUGAAGGAAAGACAUGGAAGGCUAGGGAAGGGAAGAAGGAAAGGGUAGAAAAUAGUGAGCAAAAAGAUUGGAAGGAAGUAAAAGGCAAAUAUGAGAAAAAGGGAAAAUAUGAGAAAGUGAGUGAGGGUAAACACGAGAACGAUUGGAAGAAGGAAAAAGACUAUGGAGAGAGGCACAAGGUUAGGGAAGAAUGGAAGGGAGAGAAGGAGUGGAAGAAGGUAAACAAUGGCUUUAAGGGAAGUGGCAAAGAGAAAUGGGAGAAGAAGGAUUGGAAAGAGAAAGGAGAGGAGAAACAUAGUGAGUGGAGGGGUAAAAGUGGCAAAGAUGGAGGUAAAGAAGGGAAACAAAAGGGUGAAAACAAACGGUGGGAAGAGAGUGAAAAUCACAGCAAGAGUCAUGGUAAAGAAAGGAAAGGUAAGGAUGAAAAGAGGCAGUUGGAUGAGAAUGAGAGGAAGAAUAAAAAUGGUAAGGAUGUAAAGGAAGGGAAGAUGAAGGAUGAGAGGGUGAAAAAAGAGGAGACCUGGAAGAAAGGACAGAAGAAGAAGGAGCACAGUGGGGACGGGAAAAAGGAUGCAUUUAGCUCUGAAAAACAUAAAGAUGAGCACACAAUGUCUGAUAAUCACCCACAUGACCACCAUGACGAGUCUGUGUGGGCAGACCACAAGGAUCGUCAUUCACACCGCCGACCAUCGCUUGAACAGCCCGAGUACUGGGUCCAGCAGAGAGAGCGACUCCAGCACAGCCCCAACACGCCGCAGCACUGUGACACACUGGAGACCUGCGCUCAGACAGAGGGGCUGCUUCCUGUGCACUUCUCUGAGUUUGACACCAUCCUCCAAAAUUACCUAACCAUGGCGGAGGAGGCGGGCGUGGAUGCCUCUCAAAGAGAGGAGCUGCAAAAGCUGGCUGCUGAGUUCUUCAAGGAUGGAGUCUUUCUUCACAAUCAGAUGAGCUUUGAAGAUUUUGUGGAGGACGUGGCCGACGUUCUUGAAGACAUGGUGGAAGGGGUUGAGAACGGGGAAGAGGUGGAAACCACCAUAGAGGAUGAGUUUGAAAAAGAAGUCAUGAAAAAGUUUUCAGUGCCUGCAGCUGCGAAGAAAGAGGAGAAAAUCCUGGGGGAGCAGAAGAAAGAGAGCAGGCGAGGACAUGGCUGAAGUUACAAAAUAAAAAAAGGAUCUGUCAGAAGUUGCCAAGAGAAGUAGUGACAGAUGAGGUUAUGGAAAGGGAACACAUGUGUUUGGACCAUAAAUGCUCACUAGAAUACUUUAUUUUCCUGUCAUUGUUUUUACAGGAUUUUUAUUUCACCAUGUCCGUCUAUUGUUCUGGCCAUUUUGUCUUAGCAGUUUAAUUUCACUGUCUUGGUAAAGCUUUAUUUUUCACCUGUGCAUACGCACACACACACACACACACACACACACACACACUUACGGAGACAGCAUAUAAAUGAGACCAUAAAGUUUGGAUCGAGUUGACCGUUGACCUGCUUUCACUGUCCUCUUUAGAAACCUAUACAGUUUAAUAUAAUCUAUAAUCCUACUCUGCAGUGUUAGUCACUCAUUCCACAUGUUAUGUGUCCUGUUCACUGAUCAGGCCUCUCUUACUGCUUUAGCCUGAGUGAUGCUCUUUAAAAAGUAUCUUUUGUUUUUUAUAAUGUGUGGAGUGAACGUUAUUGCUGAAAAGUUUAGUGAAUGUUUAUUGAUGUUUUUUGGAAUUUAAAAUUCUUAAUUUUGAAUGUUUGUACAUAUUACUUAAAAGACUUAAAAAAGAUAUACUUAACUUAUUUUACAGAGGCUUAAAAAAACAACACUUGGCAGGCACAUAAAGUAUCAACAUGUUGAGCAUGUAUGUUUAUUUUCAGGUACAAAACUUUUGUUGUGCACUAAAAUGUUCUUAAUUCUUGUUUUAUUGUGAAAUGUAACAUUUUGCUUUUUUUGAUGAGGUUGACAUGGGAAGUUACUUUCAGGCCGGAUGUUUUUUUGAAUGUAUUUAAAUACUAACUUUGUAGGUGUUGCAGAUUCAAGGGCAUGCAGCCACACUGAUGAUAACGCAGAACCCCGUACUGUGUGGGCUUUUUGUCAUCGCAGUCCACCUUAUAAGUUAGGAUGUUCAUAUUCUCCCAUGAUGUUGUUAUAAGAGCAGAUUAAUAAAUUUGAUUCAUCCAUGUGAAGAAA